GUCCAGGAGGUUAUGUUUUUUUGUUGCUUGCUCUGACAGCGUGUUUACAUACACUCAACUCCACUUCGCCGGCUUUAAAAUUUGUAAUUAUAAAAUUGCUGUUGAGUGGAAUCUCUACUCUUUAACUUUUUCUUUUAAAUAGUGUUAUUAUCUACUUGCAUACUGCUACCACAACGCAUUUGGCUUGUGCCGUGUUUUUACGAGUGCAAUGUCAAUGUCUCGUCAUGACAAGCCAGGGAUCUCCCUUACAGCAACCAUCCUCAUACUCCUGAUUUACUCUUCAAGGAAAUGUGUGGGAAGUUCAAGCGCAAACUAUGGAGACAGGCCAAUAUUGCAAGAACCAAUGGACACGCAAAUAUUUACUGAAUCUAGCAACAACAUGGAAACAGAUGAUGAGGUGCAAAAGGUCUUGAAACUGCUCAAAGAGGGUGAGGCACUUAUGAAAUUUCAGCCUGCCCAAAAUGCAAUAAUGUUGAUGGGUAACACUGGCUCCGGAAAAAGCACUUUCUCCCAGUUCAUCACAGGGAAUGACAAGAGUCUAAUAUCAGUGGAAACAGUCAAGAGGAGCGGCGAAUACAUUUUAGAAGAUAUCUUCGGUAAGGUUAGUACUGACACAUGGACUUCAAGGACUAUUUAUCCUGAACUUCACAUUGAUAAUAAUACUUCAGCCAAUUUUUAUGAUUGUCCAGGCUUCAGUGACACUCGUGGGGUUGCUCACGAUAUUACUGCCACUUACUUCACAAAAAAAACCAUCACCAAGACCCAAGCGGUGAAAUUAGUUUUCAUUGUAGGGUAUCCUGCUGUCAGAGUUGGCGUAGAUAGACAAGACUUCAUGAUGUUUGCUGAGCAUGUUGCUAAAGCUGUUAGAAACAUUGAUAAGUUCAGGGAUAGCUUGGCUUUAGUUGUCACAAAGGUGGACAAUUUUUACAGAGAUGGGACCCUGGUAGGCGAUGAAACUGUAAUUGAAACAAUUGUUGAUUUUUUACAAAAACUUAAGAAUGAAAUAAUUUCUAAAUUGCAGUCUAAUGGCAACCAUGCUUUAAAAGAAAAAAACAAGGAAAGAGAAAAAAACCUGAAAAUCAUAACAUUUAUAGAGAUUCUUCUUCAGAAAGAUGGAAAUUACUAUCCCAGAAUUGGUAUUUUUCGAAGACCUGAUCGAGAUGGCCCCAUUACUAAGAUGGCUAUGCUGCAAGAAAGCAAGAGAUCUCUUGAGAGAAUAGUACAUAAGAACAUCAAAUUCAUUGAGCAAACAGAGGCUGAUUUUGAUUACACAAUCUCAGCGCACUCCAAAUACCGCAUCUAUAACUUGGUAGAGAUUAUAAGGGAAAACAUUGUUGCUGAUGUUAGGCGUCUGACUGAGGAAAUUGAAAAAGGCCUUUCUGCCAAAGAAGAAAAGGAAAAUGAUAUUGAGGACUUACGCAGACAGUUUCAAGAAGCGCAUGACAUAUUUACAAAAAUCAUUCAGAAAGUUGACAAUUUAAAUGAAUUGACUAAUUUAGUGACUGAAAGUAUGCAUUUGUUGAAUUUGACAAUUAGCAAAGAGACCUUAGUAGACCUUUCUAGGUAUGAUAGCUACCUGGAAUUUUUGAAUAAUUUCAGUGCCACAGUCAUAAAAAUUAAACCAUCAGAAUGGAACCAAAAUAUCAUCAGGCUCAACCAACGUCUGAAAGAAUCAAAAUGUUGGUAUGCAUUUUUAACAGAAUUCAGUUCAGCUAUUUCUUCGUAUGAUGUGCAGCGAGACCCAAAAAACUGUGUGAUUGUUGCAGACAAACUUACUGGGAUUCUGAAAUCUCCGAAGAAUUUCACAAUAAAGGAUAUUAAUGAUCUGAGGAAUGAGCUCCACGAUUCUUGUAAAUUAUACUCUGGAAUUAAUCAUGAUAAAAUCAAUGAAAUGGGUGUUGCAAGUCCAGUCAAAUUUCAAAGGCUUGAGCUGCUCAUCGAUCUUGCAUUAAAAUUCAAAAUUAAUUUGUUUUGUGACAAAGUUCAUAGCACAUUGAGAGUAAAAGGCUACUUUGUUAAAAUCAGUGAUGCUUUAAAGCCACUUGAAGACAAAUCUUGCAAAAACGUCCUCUUGGUUGAAAUUUUUGCUCUUAAAAAAGUUUUCAUCGACUCCAAUGUAGAUUUAACAGGCGAAGAUGUUCAAAUUUCAAUUAUAUCACCGACCUGGAUAGUUGUUAACUCACCCAAAAUAGUAUUAGAUGGGAGUGAUGCUGUUGAAAUAGAUAUUGCUCCAAUGUCUGAUACUGAAGAGGUGCCUGGAAACCCUGGUCUUCCUGGAGGCCCUGCUGGAAACUUUUUAGGCAUUGGGGAUGAGUUCGUGAAUUGCAACAAAUUAAGUAUUUCUGCCAGUGGUGGAAGAGGUGGUCGCGGCCAAAAAGGAAAAGAUGGUGUGAACGGGAACGACGGUACAACACCCUCCUCUGGUUUUCGGAGGAAUUUAUUCUGGCCCGAGAAGCAUAGUUGCCAACCAAUACCACCAGACCGUACUCAACAAACAGUGGUUGCAACUUCUUUUGGAACAUUAGCUUACUUUGUGGCAAGCACAUUUUUUGGUGGGCCACUUGGUUUAGCAGCCGCCGCCAUUGCUGCCACGGGAACUGGUAAUUUAGCAAGUCCAAGCGAACAGCAGAGAUGCAAAGUGAUAGGCACUGGAUGCAGCGAUGGGGAAAAUGGUGGCAACGGAGGUGCGGGUGGAAAAGGAGGCAUGUCAGGGAGAAUUGAAAUGAUCGCUCUCGGGACUAAAUGUGUGGUCUCAAGGAGUACUAGAAAAGGAGAGGAUGGCACUAGUGGCUUGGGUGGUAACGGUGGCACAGAAGGGGAGCCUGGAGAAGUGAUCGAUUUUCUGGCGACGAAGAAAGGGCAUUUUUGGGAAAUUAAGAGAGAAAAUUCAGUAAGUCUUUCUGCAUGUAAGCCUGGAAAACGAGGAAUACCUGGUCACAAUUUUGUUGGACUUCAAGAGCCUCAGAGUUCAAGAGGAUUGAUCGUCCAACAGAUUUUUAAAUCCUUGACCGAUUUUGUGAUGUUUGCGAAAGAUAAUCUCGACAAAAAUGUCUGGAAAACGCAUUUAAAAAUGUUUCUUUGUGACAAAUUGAAGGAUAUUGAUAAAAAAUUUAAGUACAUCACUGGUGUCACGGACAUUAUGCCAUCUGAAUGUUUCAUAAACGAACCCUCAAGCAGUGUGCCCAAUAUUUUGCAUGCAGAGUUUUCAGGAGAGACAUCCUCUUCUAGAGCUUCAUUGCCCUCUAGAUCUCCUCAUUUAUCAGUGUACUUCAUCUCUGUUUUUCUUAUUCUACUGAUGACUUAUGUCAUCUGUCAGCGAAGACUAAGAUCAAAUGAACAACUCAAGGAGCCUGCAAACUCCAGCUGAAAGUACAAAUCUCUACCAUAAUCAGUGUCAAUGCUAAUUUUAUGCAGUAUUUUUGACUAGAAACACGCAUUACCGGACAAUUUGAUGAAAAGUUACCAAGAGGUAUUUAAUAUUUAAAUCACUCUUAGGAUUUAGAUUUCUGUAAGAAAAGAGGAUUUUUAUAGUGACUGUGAUACUGGUGCUCUUUUCACCAUUUUCUUGACAUCAAUGUGUCACAGAUGGUGUCCCAUGAUCUAAAUGAAUAGACUGACUGAAGUGAAUGCUGUUCCCAUAAAUGAAAUGGAAUUACAACAUUUUACUCCAAAAGCUUUUUUAAAGAGCUAUUUUUUAACCUUAGUACCUAAGUACUUGCUCAUUUUUUAAAAGAGAAAAGAACUUCUGCUGUUUUUCCUAGUUCUUGCUCUUUUUUUAAACUUUGCAGUAUUCCUCUUUAGAAGAGCUAUUCCAUAAUUCUCAUAACUUAACCUUUUAGCUGUCUGGAUUGUCGAUUUAUUCGUGUGCCUUGAGUGCAUAAAAGUGCCUUGAAUUUUAAUACAUUUCUAUACGAUAGCAGUAAGAAGGGGUUGUUCCUUGUAAUCCACUUAUGUUUCGUAAUAACUCUAUCUUGAAACUGCAGGUGCCAACUUUAAUUUUUUCUCCUCUGUAUUAUAUGGUUCAACCUCAAAUAUACUCCUUUCGGGCUACCACCAAUUCGUGAAACAAAUAGAUCCAUUGUCACUAUACCUGAGAUGAAAAACUCUCUAAGAUGAGGGUCUGAAAAUCAUUCAGAUCGCUAAUUCUUUCGAAGUUUGAGGGGCGGGGACUAAAGUAACAACAUUCAUGCUGCCCUUUUCGAUUGUUUUGUUGUACCAAAUUUUUGUCUAAGGGUCCAAUCAGGAGUAAUAUGGAGCAAUUGUACCCAAUUUUAGUGCUGAUCUACUGUCUGCUCAUAGCAAACUUUUUCGAAGAGCAGUUUGAACUUUUUUCUGGUUUUUCAAGAGGUUUUUUUUUUAUAUAUCUUUGAAGAUGCUUCAAAAAGUAACCUUUACAAUAACGUUUAAUUUAUUAAACUCUGAUUUUUGUUGCAUUUGAAAGGAAGCUUAAUAAUACAUUGAUGUACACUUAUCAAGUUUCCUAAGAGAUUUCUCCAAGAUCCAAAAUUGGGCGGGAACAAGCAACUUGAGCUCUAUUCAAACAUGAAAUCAUUUCUGUUUUGAACUCCUAGGGAAAUAGGCACUGUGGGUUUACCAAUACGUUUUGAAGUAUUUUUCUAUAGGAACCAAAAUUUGAGCGUUUCAUUAUUCAAAAGUGUUUUUAAAAAAAGGCAAAUAUGACCUGGUCACCUCUUAUCCAAAGUAUUAAAAGCCCCAUUUACACUUAGACAAUUUGUUCUUGAACAUUCAAUAUUGUUUUAAUUUGUUUUAAAACUUUGGAAUAUGCUUUCAUGAAAAUUUAAAGGAUUAAUCUUGAUGACCAAAGAAAUGUUAGGUACAUUUUCAAGUGAUAAUGUUCAUUAUUCUGUUUUUCCCUAAAAAAAAAAUGGACAAGUUUGAGAAGUUUCGCCACACACUGCCUCAGCACAAAUUGACCCUUGUGAUACUUUGGCAGGAAGGUGACCACCUCUUGACACAUCCUCGAAGAUGAAAGAAACUCCCAAAAAACUGACGAAUUCUUCAAACAGCUCUUGAGGAAAAACUGAUCUUAGGCGCAUAGGAGAUCUAACAGAUCUGAAAUUGUGCACAAUGGCUUAUAAUCACUCCUAAUUUGACCGCCUAACUAUGCAAUGUGUAUUAUACUGUUGAGCACCCCAUGCAAGAAA